GAAACCCCGUUGACAAGGCACUGCUUUUUCAUGACGUUGUCAUGGAUGAUGAUGAUGAUGAGUCCUGUCUCUUUGAUCUUAUUGGAGAUGCCCAGGCACUGAAUUAUUUUCUACAUGGAGCAGGCAGUAAACCUAAUAGCGAAGACUUGACGAAUGCAGGAUAUUCUGCAGCCAACUCAAAUUCCAUUUUCGCCAAUACCAGUAGCGCUGAUACGAAGUCAUCAAUCAAAAGUGUGGGUGGUCAGCUUGGAGAGGGGCCAAGUGAUGGACUACAGUUGCCAAGUAGCCUUCAGUUUCUUGAUGAUGAACUUGAAUCUUCCCCGUUACCUGAUCUCAGUGAAGAUCAGCCAUUUGAUAUCCUUCAGAAAUCUCUGCAGGAAGCUAAUAUUACUGAACAGACUUUGGCAGAAGAGGCAUAUCUGGAUGCCAACAUAGGUUCCAACCAACAGUUUGCACAAGCUCAGCUUCAUCCUUCCUCAUCAGCAUCUUUUACUCAGGCUUCUAAUGUUUCUAAUUACUCAGGUCAAACGCUGCAACCUAUAGGAGUGACUCAAGUGGUACAGCAACCAGUUGGAGCAUCUUUUGCAAGCAAUACAGUUGGUGUGCAACAUGGCUUUAUGCAACAUGUGGGAAUCAGUGUUCCCAGCCAGCAUUUGUCAAAUAGUAGUCAGAUUGGUGGCUCUGGACAGAUACAGUUAAUUGGUUCAUUUAAUAACCAACCUUCCAUGAUGACACUCAAUAAUCUCGAAGGAUCUCACAUUAUUUUGAAGGGUAGUGGACAGCAAACACCUGCAAACAUGAGUGGUGGACUCUUGGUUCAUAGACAAACUCCUAAUGGGAAUUCAUUGUUUGGCAACUCAAAUUCAAGCCCAGUAGCACAACCUGUAACUGUUCCAUUCAAUAGUACAAAUUUCCAGACAUCUUUGCCUGUGCAUAACAUUAUUAUACAGAGGGGUCUUGCUCCAAAUUCUAACAAAGUCCCCAUCAACAUCCAACCAAAGCCUAUUCAGAUGGGACAGCAAACCACUUACAAUGUGAAUAGCUUGGGAAUACAGCAGCAGCAUGUACAACAAGGGAUUCCUUUUGCUUCAUCAAAUCCACCUCAAAAUUCAGUGGUUGGUCCACAUAUGUCUGUUAAUAUUGUUAGUCAACAGAAUGCAAGAAAAUCAGUCACUCCUCAAGGAGUAAGUAAUGCCAGUGGUAGUAUUGUUAUCCAUUCUCCUAUGGGACAGUCUCAUGCACCUCAAAACCAGUUUCUUAUACCCACAAGUCUGUCAGUAAAUCCUAAUUCAGUUCACCAUAUCCAGACCAUAAAUGGACAACUGCUUCAAAAUCAGCCUUCACAGCUUGUUUCUAGCCAAGUGUCAACUGAGCAUGUAAUGCUAAACAGGAACUCUACAAACAUGCUUAGAGCUAACCAGUCAUAUUCAGGACAGAUGCUGAAUAAUCAGAAUGCUUCUGUACAGUUAGUGUCUGGUCAAACAUUUGCACCUCCUGGAAGCCAAGUUAUAGUAAACCACGGAACUUCUCAAAUUGUUAGUGGCCAAGUUCCACUACAACAGGCAUCUCCUGCUGUGUUGCAUUUAUCUCCUAGUCAAGGAAAUAUUUCCCAAAGUAGAACAGGCUUUACUACUAUGUCUCCUGGACAGUCAACGGGAUCAAGUAUGUCAUCAAGCAACCGGUUUACUGUUGUGAGUUCUUCUGCCACAGCACACCACAGCAUUGGCCCAUCAGUCCAGUCUGUUGCUUCAGGAGGAAAUUUUGCUGGAGAUCAACUUACACAGCAAAAUAGAACACAGUUAGCGGUUGGUGCAUCACAUCGUCUUCCAGUUUCCUCUUCCAAGUCUGCCAGCACAUUUAGUCAUACAUCCAUAACCCAACCUCAGUUUUCUUUUGGCCAGGCUCAAAAAAAGGUUACGAACUUGCCGUCUUCAGUUUCAUCAACAAAGGCACAGGAUAGUCUGAGACAACCGCAGCUAACAAGUCUUCUAGGACAAGAUACUGGAGGCAAAAUUAUACAACAGCCUAUUGGAACAGCGUUGCCACACCAGGAAAAAGUAGUAGGAUCAUCUUCUGUCCAUCAGAAUAUGCUGGUGGAUGGUCAUUCAUUAGGACAAAAGAGGCCUGCUGCUAAACAGCUAACAAAAGGAGCAUUUAUUCUACAGCAGUUACAAAAGGACCAGGCACACGCUGUGACUCCUGAUAAAAGUCAGUUCAAAUCUUUAAAUGAUGCAGUCCAGAGACUCCUUGCAUAUCAUGUGUGCCAGGGAUCACUGCCAGCGGAAGAGGAUUUAAGGAAAGUGGACAAUGAAUUUGAAACUGUAGCCACACAGCUUCUAAAAAGAACACAAGCUAUGUUAAAUAAAUACAGAUGUUUGCUCUUGGAAGAUGCAAUGAGGAUAAAUCCUUCUGCAGAAAUGGUCAUGAUUGACAGGAUGUUUAACCAGGAAGAACGACAAUGUUUAUCCCGGGAUAAACGUCUUGCAAUAGUAGACCCUGAUGGUUUUCUGGCAGACUUCUGUUGUCCCUCCACACAAUUUGAUGCAGUCGCUGAUGAAGCACACCCUAAUGAAAGUGAUCCUCAGUGUAGCAAACCUUUGACUUCUCUGAACCAGACUGCUAAUACCCCAACCAGAGACAAGUCAAGUUUGAGCACAGCAGAGUCCUUAAAUCGCAACAAACUUCAUGUAGUGCCUAACAAUAUUGUGAGUCCACCACAAGGAAACAUUUCUGUUAAAAAAUCAGAAAGCCUCACAAAAGCUUUAAAAUUUCAGAAAACAAGCUGCUCUCCAGAAAGCCAGCACAUGUCUGCUUCUGAACAAAAAUUAGCUGAUAGAGACCCUGACAAGUCUCAUGAAAACUCUUUAAGUUCUGAAGAUCAUUUGAGAUCAAAAACUUUAUCAGGUACAGAUCAUGGUACGCAUAAUAAAGCAUGUCGGAAUCCAGGUGAUGCUCACUCAGAAGCAACAUGUAACCAUUCCCUCCAAGACAAAGCUCCUCGGAGUUCUCCAAAGAAUGAGGAUUUGCAUCCAGAUGACUUGAAAGGCUUGGGGGAACCCCCAAAGGAUUUGCUGCUCAAUAAGAGUUUAGAGACUACAUUCAAAAACAUACUGGAACUGAAAAAGACUGGGAGACAGCCACAAAGUGAGGCAACUGGCAGUGGCUCACUAGAAUUAGAAUUUCCAAACUUUUCACUUAUUGCUUCACAAGAAAACUGCCUGGAGAAAUUUAUUUCAGACCACAGUGAAGGAGUUGUAGAAACUGAUUCUCUUUUAGAAGCUGCUGUAAAUAGUAUCUUAGAGUGUUAAUAGUUUCAGUACCAUGGACAUAUUUCUCUUAGAAGCCAAUGUGAAUGACACCACAAAUACAGCCUGACAUAUGUCAAAGGUUACCCUUUCUAAAGUAGAUUCUGUUCUGUGUUUGAGAGCAAUACUCAUUGUGGUUACAGUGAGGUAUCCAGUAAUGUAAAUCCUUGAGAGAAAGCUGUCUCGUAGGGCCUACACAUUGUGAUACUGCUUGUGCUAAUGGUUUUGAAGACUGUUUAGUAAGACUGCAGUUCACUAGGCCCUAAGUAACAAGGUAAUAAACUGACAAUCACAGUCUAGCAACAGGUUUAUUAAAAUGUUUCAGAUGUUAUAUUUAAUGGGAAGGACCAGCCCAUCGCCCCCAUAAAUAAAUUAAUUUUAAGGCUUGCAGUUUGUAGUUUAAAAAUCUCA